AUGAAGAAGUCCACUUCAUCAAGUUCCACAUUUACUAAGGAUGCAAGCUCUGCCAUCAUAGAUGACGACGAUGGUAGCUACAUCUAUGAGUCAAACAAUGGAAGCACGUCCCUGUUUUCGUCUCCUCAACUAGCUAGAAGUGAUUCGAGCGUGUCAUUACCGUAUCUUGAUUUGUCCAAAUUGAUGUUUGCCAAUGAUUUCGACUUUGGAUUGAACUUGAAUGAAGUUUCUGAUAAGACCAAGAAAAGAAUUAACAACAUGAAGAUGAAAACUAAACAAAAGUUGCAUAGCAGAAAUAUCGAUUUAGAUAAGCUACAAGAUGUCAUAAACCACAGUUUCCAAAAAUUUGACGAAAGAGUACACAAGAAUCUUGUUAGUUCAUCUACCGAAAAGGCAUUUUAUGCUCUUUCUGUAUUUUUGAUCUUUUGUUCUGGUUUGAUUAUUGGUAAAUAUCCAAUUUAUUUCCCACAUUUCCAUACUGCAAUAUUUGUUUUGUUGAUGCCUAUUAGAUUUUAUACAUAUUUCAAACAAUCAUUCCAAUACUAUUUAGCAGAUUUAUGUUAUUAUGUCAAUUUGUUACUAAUGCUAUUUAUUUGGGUAUUUCCCACAUCACCGAAUUUGUUUGUUUCGGUGUUUUCGUUAUCAUUAGGAACAUUAUCAUGGGCUGUCAUUACCUGGAGAAAUUCACUUGUGUUGCAUUCCAUUGAGAAAACAACUUCCUCAUUUAUCCAUGUGAUGCCACCAGUUACUAUGUUUGUCAUGGUUCAUGAGUUACCACUUGAUUAUAUCAAAGAGACAUAUCCAGGUAUUGCUGCCAUAGAUAAAUGGAACUUUGUUGCAAGUAUCAUCACCACAUCUAUUUAUUAUACUAUCUGGCAAGUAUCCUACCAUUACUUUAUUUCAAUUAGAAAGAAAGACAAGAUCGAAAAGGGUCAAGUCACAUCCUUCCUGUAUUUGAAAAACAAAAACAAAUCUACCCCGUUAGGUAAAUUUGUCAAUGGUUUACCAUACUGGUGGAUGCAAACAUUGGCGUUCACUUUAAUCCAAUUUUGUUAUCAAUUGUUAACUAUGAUUCCCUGUCCUAUUUGGUUUAGAUAUAAACACGCUUGUGGGGCAUUUGUCGCGUUUAUUUUUGUAUGGGCAAGUUACAAUGGUGCAACUUAUUAUAUUGAUGUUUUCGGUAAAAGAUUAGAGAAAGAAGUUGAUAAAUUGAAGAAAGAAGUUCAAUCUUUGCAACAACAGAACGAGAAAUUGCAAUUUUCACCUGUUCAAAAUCCUCAAAAUGGUAGUUUGGAAGAUAUUAAAACAUUAGAUGUUGAUGCCAUUGAAAGAACUGAGGAACUAGAUGACAACAAACCUGCAAUUGCUGUCAAUGAAACAGUAGAGAAAUUAAAGACACCAUGA